GUUUGAUCUCACUUCACAUAUCCCGCGUUGAUCCAGAAACCAGCAGCAUGAAAGUUCGUAAUAUAUCAAGCUUCUUUCUGGGAUGUUUGAUUAUGCAGGUGGUUAAUGCAGAAGCAUGUAUAAGCUUUGAAGAGCAUAAAGAUGAAAUUGUAAAAUGUUGCAAGUAUGAAGCACCCUUUCCGAAAGAUGCCGUUGAAGGUUGUGUCGAGGACGCGAAAGGGAAAUCCGGAGGCGACAAACAUGAAUUUUACUCGUGCUUGAUGGAAUGUUAUCUCGCUAAAAUCGGCGCAGUCAACGGCAAAUCAAUCGAUGAGGGUAGAAUGGCCGAGCUGUUGCAACCACUGGACGAGACGGCAAGGAAUAUUCUGCUCGGAGCGUACAAGGAGUGCGCUGCGUCAACUGCUGGAACGAAACGGGCUCAAUGUGAUUCGUUCGCGCUCGAACUCGAAGGCUGUGUUCUGGAAAAAUUGGAUCAGCAGUGUCCGGAUGAAUACUACAAUCCAAGCGAAAUUUGCGAUAAACUCAAGGCUGGUGCUGAGAUUUGCCGUUGAUGUUUGAGAAUUGUAUAAAAUAAUAUUUAUGGUGAUGCUAUGUGAAAUAAACAACCCCUCCCCUUUUGAGAGUUUGCAUUCU